AUGAAGAGCAUUUCCAUCCUGAUCCUUGCCGCAGCCCUGGCCGUGGCCACCGUCUCCGCCAUGCCCCAGCGGCGUCUGAAGAGUCAGCGCCAGGUGGAGUACGCCUCAACGCCCUAUCCAGCGGCUGGCUUUCGGCCCAGAAUCCCCUUCGCCCUGCCCAGCGAGCAGCAGCCCAAGCUGGAGGCGGAACCCCUAACCACUCCCAGUGCCGUGGAGACUCUGGAGAAUGCUGAGACCACCACCACCGAAGUGGCACAGCAGCAGGAAGCGGAAACAGACACUGAAGCGGAAUUGGAGGUCGCUCUCCGUACGCCUGCCAACACCUAUGGAGCUCCCGACGACCAGCAGGACCAGGACACUGUGGAGGUAGUGGCCCAGGCCCCUGCCCGGGACUUUCAGCCGCCCGUACUCGAGGCUGUCGAGGACUUCGCCGCCGAUGGCGCUGCUGCUGCUGAUGGGCAGCAGCCUGUUGCUGAUGUCCCUGCCCUGGGCCAGGGGGAGGAAGAGGCGCGCCAGCUGGAUCAACCGGAGCCGGAGCCAAUCCCCACAGACGUUGAGGUCAAGGCGGUCACACCAGCCGGCACCUACGGCCCACCGCCCAGUCCCAAGCCCGCCUCCACCUAUGGAGCCCCCGAGCUGAGCGAACCCGAGAACGAGCUGGAUCUGGAAGAGUCCCAGGUGGAGCUGGUGGGCGAGCAGGAGGAGUUGGAGGGGUUGGAUGGAUCCCUGGCCAACGAGCUGGCCAGCGGUCGCCUAAUCCUGCUGCCCCUGGGAUCCCGAGGCGCACAGUUCGGUCGCCUUAUCCUCGCUGUCGAGCAGCCGCGUCAACGCUCUCGCAGCGAACGCCUGAGGAGGAUCUAA